UAUGCUUUAAAUUUUUUGCUUGUUCGCGGUAUGGUGCGUUAAUGCAAAUGAUUGAUUAAAUAUAUUUUAAUUAUGAGGCGGGUGGUAAAUUAUAAAAAUUUAAUUUAAUUAUAACAAAAAAAUUUGAGUAAUAAUUGAAAUAAAAAAAAAUUUAAUAAUAUUUUAAUAUUGCCGAAUUUACGGGAAAUAUUUAUUAAUAUUUAUAAAAACAAACAUAAAAAUAAUUUUAACUAAAAUAUAUGAAAAAUUUAAAAAGUAAAAAAACACAUUUAUAAUUUAGUAUUGAUAACUGAGGAAUUUCAUUAAGAAGAAAAACAAAAAAGUUAAAAAAUUUUUUAACAGGGACAAUUUCAGUAUCAUUUUUAAGGAAUUCAUUGGUUUGAUAACACUUACAAAACCAAAAAAUGUUGGACACAACAAAAGAUUCAUCACAUACUUCGUUUUCACUGAAUCACAAUAACAACAUAUCGAAAAAACCAAAAGAUUUAUCACUAUUUAACUGGUUUACUUCAUUUACAAAUAAUUCUAAAUCUUGCUCUAAUAAUAUAGAUAAAUCUAAUAAUAUAAACACAAGUCGUUUUAAAGGAUCUGUACCAAAUUUAGAUACAAAUUUUGAUAACAUUGAACAAAUAUCUAUUCCACCCGCUUCUGAUGAUUUUAGAGGUGUUGAGGGUCUUACACAAUACUGGAAUCAUCGAAUAACUUUUACAAAUAAUUUACUACAAAAGCAAACAGCACGUGCACAUUUUAAAUCAGAAAUUAAUUCAGUAUAUAAACCAAAUGGAUUAAAACCAUCUAAGAGUAUUGGUUGUCUAAUUACUACAACGAAAAAUGAAGAUGAUUUAAAAAAUUCAAAUAGUUUUAGAAUAUCUUUUAAUGAUGACAACAAAACAAAUGAAGAACAUAUAAAAAGUGAUAAUUUCUAUAAAUAUAAAACGGCAGAUACAAAUAAGAGAAAAUCAUCUGAAUCAAAUAUUCGUCUCCUAACUACUCGCGACUCGAUAUCACAAACAAAUUCAAAAAACUUUAGUUCCGAUAUUGGAAAUCGAAAUUACAUACUAUCUUUUGGAAUAGAUUCUUUUCCUUUAGUAGCAGCAACAGAACGUGGUGAGAAAAUACAUUGGGCAAAAAGAGAAGAUAUUUUCAUAAAUCGUAAACAGAAACCUUCGUCACUUAAUGAUGAAAAAAUAAAUAAAUUAAACAAUAAUUGUCUUCUAUAUAAUGAUAGAAUUUUCGACAAGAAACUUUUAAAUGAUAUAAAAGAUAUGACUACUGAAAAUGAUAAAAUCAUAUCUGUUCGUGAUCUUAUCAAUAAAAAUAAAAGUCUAUUUGAUAAGAAAAUUGUAAUAGAAAAUACAAAAUACAAACCGACAAAUCAAGCAAAUAAUAAAAUGGAAAUCAAAAAUUCAAAUCAAACAAUUAUAACAAUAAAUAAUAAUAACAGCGAUUCGCAUUUGAAUGAAAAUUUAUCGUUGUCUAAAGAGCAGCAAGUUGUAGAAUAUACAAAUCUAGAAACGAGUAAUACUGUGGAUUGCCCAAAUACUAAUAUAGAUAAUGAUAACAAUAGAGAUAAAGAAAAAUCAAAAGAUAAGACUGAUAAUUUAAAAAACAAUGCGAUAAUGAAGUCUAAUGAAAGCCAAAAUGGCUCAAUGAAUUCACUUACUUCAAAUAGUGUUGAAUCACCUAUUAGAAGAAAAAGCCAAACUUCGGCCACACGUAAAUGCAGUUUUAAAACUCAUUCGAAAAAUUUUCAUGUAUCACGUAAAAUGACAAACCAUUUUACUGCUCACCACCACCAUCAUCAUCCUAAUAACAAUAAUAGCAAAGUUGCGACAUUAACAGCUCAAUUUAAUCAACUAAUACAAAGAGAUAAUACCCUUUUAGAAGAAAUUAAAAAGAAAAAUGGAGUGCUUUUAACUCGUGGCGGUCAUAUUUACAAAUUAAAAGAAGAUUCAAGCUCUCCAAAUGUCAAGAAAAGAAAUUCAACCAAAAGAUUUUCACAAACAGAUAGUAGUGAUGAAACAAGUAGUAUUAAAUCUGGUAGAAGGAAAAUCAUAGCGAAACGACUUUCGAAUGAUAGCUCUGUUAAAGCGGCAGUGAAAAAAUUUGAAACAUCACGUUUAGGGUCGGAAAAGUCUAAACCAUAUGGGACUAACACUCCAAAUAAGCAAAACAACAAUUAUAAAAGUGACAAACCAAAAGUACCUGCAAAAAGUGAAAUUGUAUUAAAAAAAACUAAAGAAAUUAAUAUUAAACAUUCAUUGAAAAAGCAACGACCGAAAACAAUUGAUAUCCAAUCAAACAAUACUUUGGAAGAUAUCAAGGAAGAAUCCAAAACACCAGUUCAAGAAACAAACGAAAGCACUACGAGCUUGAAUGAUGAACUGAAAUCAAGUGAAGUAGUAAACCAAUCCUGUAUACCAAAUAAUCCUACAAAUAAAAUGAGUUGUUCGCCAGUAUUAGCAUUGAAUUCACUAAAUACAGAUAAUCUUUCUAAUGAAUCAAACACCAUGUUGGAAUCAUCCUCGGAGACUUUAGAAAAUUUGCCAAAGAAAAGCCGCUAUGCUCGUAUAUAUGAGAAAAUUCGUUUAAAAAACACCAUAUUUUCACAUAAAAAAAGUCAAAAUGUAAAACCCUCCCCAGAAAACGAAGAAAAUCCUAUUAAAAAACUCGAACCAGAUAAAAAAAUUCGUGAAGCUAUAGAAACUAUAAACAAGCGAAUAGAAACGUUAUCAAAAAGUACAAAUGACAUCAAUAUACAACAUCAAAAUCAUGAUAAGAAUGAAUCAUUCGUGUACAAUAAUAAAACAAAAGUUAUGUCCUUUGGUUCCAAUACAGAAUUAACUAAUAAGAUCGAUGAAAUAAAUCAAAAUAAUAUUAUACAGGCUGUUAAUACCAGUUUGAUAAAUAAAACUCAAUCGAUGGAUGAUUCAAAAUUCCUCUCCACUCUAAAUUAUCAAAUACUAAUGGAAGAUAACGAACAAAAUCAUUCCAAAAAGGAUGAUGAAGAUGUUUAUGAACCAAUAAACGUAAAAGCAAAAAUUGAUUGUACACCAGCACCACAGAAAUCAUUCUUAUUUACGCGAUUCCAUAGUCACAACGAAUCUAGUAAAAGUAACGACACAACAGCGCAAACUGAAAAUUUAGACUGUAUUAACAAUAAUUCUGAAAGAUCUAGAUCAGUAUCUGAUUGCACCUUUGAUUCAAAAUUAUAUCAGAAAUCAUUUCUCUAUUCCAAAGACUUUAAUAAAACAAAAACAUCAUCAUUUUCUUCAUCACUUUCUAAGACACAAGAUCAUGAGGAUUGCCUUAAUAUAUAUCAAACGAUUCCUGAAAUUAUUAAGCCAUUAUCGGAGAACUACACAGAAAAGACUGAAAUAGUAGAUGAUGAAAACUAUCAGUUAGUUAAUGAGUUACCAAAUCCUAAAUCUAGUCCAAAUCAAACAGAGGAUGGAUAUGAAAUAUGUGAGCCUCCGGCAUCUGAUUUAAUUGAUAUUAAUAAAUUUGAAUUAGAAAAACUGAAACAACAAAAAUUACCAACAUUGAAUUCUCCUCGUAUUUCCGAAACUCAAAGAAACACAACGGAUGAGUUACCUGCAAUUCCAGAACCAAAAAGAAAAGCAAAACCAUUUUUACUUAAUACUAAUAAUAAUAAUAAUACAAUUUGCACUGAUGUACCACCACGGCCACCAAAUAAAUCACCAUUAUUAAAUAAUAGUACAAAAAAAAUUAGUGAAAAUCCAUUAAUACUGCCAUUGAAUGAUAUCGAUUGUCAAUUAAUAAUGAAAAAUAUCUCCAAUUAUGAUAAUUAUCAUUAUGAGGAUGAAGACGAAAACAUAUAUGAUACAAUUAAAGGUUCUGAAUCAUUAAUGCAUUGCUAUGAAAUGCUAAAUAAUAAUGGUAAACAUUCACCAAAAUCAGUUGACGACACAACAUCCAUUGUAUCGAAUUGUUAUGAAUCAAUUGCUUCAAUACGCGGUCGUGUUGCAAUACCAUUAACAAACUCUGAUUCAAUAUCGACGAUUUCAUCAGAUCACAAAACCAAUAGUUUAUAUGGAGUAUCAAUGAAUAGCCAGAAUUUUAUACCUUUAAAUGAAGGGUCUAGUGAUAAUAAUGAUGAUUGGAUUGAUAUUUCUGACGGAGAUGAUGACUUCUCAAUCAAUAAUAAUAGACCACAUUUUAUAAUUGUAAGAGAAAAAUCGACAAAGGCAAACAAAGGUACAGAAUGGAGCACAUUAGUACAUAAUCAUAGGAUUCAAAGGGAAUUAAAUGAAGAUGAAGACUAUGACUCUGAUCACUAUUAUGAGCCAUUAUACCCUUCAACAAAUAAUGGAAAAAAUCAGAUACCAAUUGAUACAUCAUCUGAGCAUAAUAAAUCUGCAAGGUUAAAAUAUCAAAAUAACCAAACGAUUACAGCGCCAUCAAAGAACAAUAAUAAAAAUUAUAAUAAUAUAGCGAUAAUAGCUUCAAAUCAGCUUUCAACUUUACCACAAUCAAAUCAUCAUCAUUUAUAUACAGAUGACUAUGAUUCUUUUGAUUCGGAUGAUGAAACAGACGAAGAUGUGAAAAAGAAUGAUAGCGGAGUCGAUAUUAGCAACAAGAAACUGCCAGAUCCACCAUCAACAACAAAUCAAGUGUAUGCUUUUGUAAAAAAAUUUAAAAAUUUUAUUUCUAAUAAAAAAACUAUUGUCAAACCAAAUGAAAAUGGAAAACAAUAUGAAAAUACUAAAUUUUUUGUGACACCCAAUGAAUACCAAAAUACUGAUUUCAAUACAACUGAUAGAAAAUUAACCAAAAAGAAAACACCAAAUUUACACAAAAAAAUGCAAAAUCCGAAACCUAAUCAAGAAAACCAAGAUCCAUAUGAAAAUACUGAAUUUCAUAGACCAAUCCGUUUGACAAAACAGAAAUCAAUUGAGGAAUUAGAAAAUGUUAGUCCGGACACAUCAGCUAUAGCAACUACAAUGCAAAGCACACAGUCUGGCAGUCAAGCAAGUACCCCGACACUCGAUAAUGUAAAAUUCAGUGCAACAGUCAACCGUAGAAAAUCUAAAUCAGAAAACAGUUUCAAAUCGAAAAUACGAAAAAGUCUCACAAGUCAUCAAAACGUUGAAAAUAAGAACGGCCAUAAUAGCACGACAAGAAGCACUUUUUAUAUUUCGGACUCAGUAGAUUUGGAUUCGGGAAUUUUUGAGAAAACACAUUCUAGUUCAAAUCAAACCUUAACAGAUUCUAAUCAACAACAUGAAUUAACGCCAAAUAAAAACGAUAACUCACAACCUGUUUCUAAUUCUAUAGCACCAACAACACUUGGUCGAAAAAAUAAAAAAAGUAAUAAGAGCAGUCCAGAUUUACAACGUCGUAGAACAACAAUAGGUAUCCGUCCAAAUAAUCCUCCUCCACCUCCACCAGUUGAUAAGAAAAAUAGCAAUAAACGCCCUCAGACAUCAUGGUAUGCAGAAUGUGGUGUAUUUAAAGCAAAUGGAUUGUCAACCGAAAAUAAUUUUAAGGAUCAAAAUCGUAAUGAGAGAAGCAAUAAUACUUCUUGGUAUGCUGAAGCGGGUCUUUAUCAAACAAGUGGAGCAUCUGUAGCUAGUUCAAGUGGAAGCUCCGGUGUUUCUACUGGCGGCGAAAACUGUCCGUUCGAUGAUAAUAAUUCGCACAGUAUGUUCUUAAAUGAGCCUCUAUAUCAAAUAUAUUCGGCUGAAAAGCUUGAGUCAAUAUCCCGAGAUAUGGAAGAUCAUGAAUCAACUGACGGUUAUGAAGAAAUUAGCACGCAACAUAAAAAGCCUCCCAGACCUUCAGCUCUUCAAUUAGUAGGCCCUAAGUGUGGCCCUUCAAGAACGUUAUGGAGUGAAAUUCCAGAAGUAGUGAAUUCACAAAUAUUAUCAACUUUAACUUCACAAGAAAAAAGACUACAAGAAGCAAAAUUUGAAAUUUUAACUUCUGAAGCUAGCUAUCUAAAAUCACUUAAUCUUUUGAGAACGCAUUUUAUGAAUCACCCCGCCUUCCGAGAUGCAAAUAUAUUGAAUCCAUCUGAUAGAAAAACUUUAUUUUCUUAUUUAGUACCAGUACAUGAAUGUUCAGAUCGUUUACUUUGUGAUUUAGAAAGUUGUUGGCAAGACAAUAUUAUGUUAAUAGGAUUAAGUCGCAGCAUAUUCAAGAAUGCCGAAAAAUAUUUUCAUGUUUAUAUUUCGUUUUGUGAACACCAAGGUAAAAUGGACAGAACAUUAAGAAGAUUAAAAGAACAGAAAAGUGCUUUUAAUCAAAUUCUUGAUACUCUUGAAAAAGAUCCAGUAUGCUAUGGAUUAAACCUACAUUCAUUUUUAAUGUUACCAAUGCAAAGAAUUACAAGAUUACCGUUAUUAAUUGAUGCCGUAUUUAGUAAAGUUAAAACCGAUGAUAGUGAAUAUGAAAGUUGGAAAAUGACAUUAGCAAUAUUAAACAAAAUCGUUUUACAAUGUAAUGAGGCAGCAAAUCGUUGCGAACAAGCAUAUGAAAUAGAGAGAAUCUCAAAACAAAUUGAAUUUCCAGCUACAUUAAGGUCAUUUCCAAUAGCACCAGUUGGGGUUUUAGCACCUGGAAGCAAGCCUAGAUUUUUAGUUAAGCGUGGUGAAUUUGUACAUUUGAUAUGGAGGGGAGAUGACGCCAAACUAACCUUCGGAAAAAAAUUUUCCAAAACAAAUAUAUAUGCAUUUUUAUUUACUGAUUUACUUAUCUUAACAAAGAAAAAAUCAGAUGAGCAAUUCACAGUUUUUGAUUAUUGCCCCAGAAAUAUGGUAACACUCGCAGUUGGAGAUUCAAUACCUCAUUUACCAAUAAAAGAUGCUAAUCAAAUUGGAAAAAAUUUAAUACUUUUAACACUACUUGAAAAUCACGAAGGCAAAACUAUUGAAAUGAUAAUUUCUUGUCCUUCUGUAUCAGAACAACAACGUUGGUUAGAAGCAUGUACUCCACCAGAACCAGAAUCACCUGGUGAAAAACUUUAUGAGCAAUGGGACUGUCCACAAGUAAUUACUAAACAUGAAUACAUCGCGACUGAACCAGAUUUAUUAAGUUUAGAACCAGGAGAUGUAGUUAACGUAACCAGAAAGAUGCCAGAUGGCUGGUUUCAAGGAGAAAGGAUUCGAGAUGGUGUUACAGGAUGGUUUCCAGGACAUUAUACAGAAGAAGUAAAUUCACCUCAUGUUCGCGCAAGAAAUUUAAAACAACGACACAGGCUGCUUACAUUUACAGCUGCAUACUUAGAAAUGCAGAAAAAGAAAUGAAAUCUUUAAAUUUAAAUUGCAAAAUUUUUAAAGUUAGUGCUAACCCAAACAAUAUUAUAAUUAUCGAACGAUUACAUAUUUGUGAUAAAUUUGAAUUACUAGGUAUAAUUUUAGUUUAAAAAAAUGUAAAAAUACAAGUAAAAACUCUUAUACAAUACAUAUAAUUUAUUUUAAAAGUCAUGUACAGAUAUAAAAUUUACCUCAGGUUACAAAAAAUAUAUUUAUAAAAACGUUAUAAGGAUUUGUAAAUUGUAUAUGUAUAUACAAAUUUAGAAUAUUUAAUGAACUUUAAAUUAAUUAUAAAUUUUAGAAUUUAUUAAAAAACUUAAAAAAUAACUUCAUGUAUUUAUUUUGUAAAUUUUUAAAUCAUAAUGUUAUAUCUUCUACUUUUCCAAAUUCUAAUUAAUUUUGGAAUAUAUUUAAAGAAAAUUUAGGAGAAACAUUGAAAAUCUAUAUAAUGUUGUUACAGAAAUUGUUGAAUUUAUUAAAUAUUUCGAAGUAGAUCAAUAAUAAAAUUAUUCAAAUGUUCAGUUUUUUUACUAAAUUAUUGUUAACCUGUUUUAGGGCAUAUUAAUUAUUGAUUUUUUAUACCAUUCCCGAAUUUUGGCAAAAAAUGUUUCUAAAUUCUUUAUUUUGGAAGAGAGAGUGGAGGUUAAUAAAUAACAGAGGAUUUAUGAUCGUUCAAUUUUAAAUUCGGUUUUUAAUAUAAACCACCGUUCGUUAAAUCCAAACUACAAAGUCUGUAAAAAAAGCAUGUUCGAAAACUGCAGUUCUAAAGUAACUUUCAAAUUUUUUUAUAACUGCUACAAAAACACAUUAUAAAUUAGAAAAGCAUAAUAGAAAAAUGUUGAUUUUAAAGAAUUACUCGAGCAUAUUACAAAUCUGCAAAAGUAAAAUAUGGAUUCAGUUUCUGCAGCUUACUAAAAAUUAAUUUAGAAUUUUCAGUGCUUGUCUGAAAUAUUGAAAGUCCCCAUUGACUAAAGAGUAAAACAUGAGUUAUCAUCAACUCUAUCAUGAAUUCCACUUGUACAAUCCUACGAAUUAUGAGCAUAACUACGACGUAGACUUUUGAAUGAUCGCAAAUUCCUUUUGUAGAUUGUUAAUCACCAAUGGCAGUAUCAUUUUUCGGAGUGUCAAAAUCAGUACAUACAAUUUUAUUUCAACUAUCAAAUGUUUGUUUAUAUUUUUGGUUACUAUUUCAGUAAACAAUCCUUCAAUAAAAUAUCCUUCUGUACGAAAGUUUUGCAGCUUUUUUAGUUUUUGAAUAUUUUUGAAAAGAGGAAAAAAUUUUUGGCAAUAUGAAUUUAUUUCCUAUCAGGGUAGCUGGGUUAGAGUAAUUCAAAUUCAAACAAAAAAAUUCAAAUUUUGAAAAUUUAAUACUACUAUUCUCUUAAAAUAGCUUGUUACGAGUUACCUUUUCUUUCAUAGAGUUUUGAGGGUAAUUUUUACUACAAACGUAAUUUAUGAUUACUCCCUUACGAAUAUUCGGAGCAGAAUUUUAACA